AUGAAAUAUCUUGAUUAUCUGGGCGAUGUAUGUAAACUUCCUUUGUGUCUAGGAUAUCUCAACAGUUACUUUCAAACUGGUCUUAAAAAUCUCUUGGAUGAGGCUGUUAUUGAGUUCUUUAAGAAUGAAACUGAGACCGAUAUCGCUCAACAUUUUUUCCAAGUGGACGAGAUUCCGUUUGAUUUUGUCAGAAGACGAAUGUCUGUCAUCUUGGAAUCCAACCAGGAUGAGCAGCGCUUUUUGAUCUCCAAAGGAGCUGUGGAUGAAAUGUUGGCUUGUUGCACGAAUAUUUAUAUCGGAAAGGAUAAUGAUCCGUCAAAUGCAAUUUUCCCAACCACGGAUAUUGUUCCUAUUACGCCAAAAAUUCUCACAUCCAUAAAGAAUUUGAACGAAAGACUUAACAAUGAAGGUUUACGAGUCAUAGCAGUUGCCUUUAAGCGUAUGAACGAAUGUUCCGCAUUCACCGUCGCCGAUGAGAGCAAGUUGACUUUAGUUGGUGUUUGCGUGUUCUAUGAUCCACCAAAACCGAGUGCUAAGCCUGCCCUUCAGGAACUGCUUAAAUACAACGUGGAGGUUAAAGUACUUACCGGAGACUCACCUGUUGUUUGCCGCAAAGUUUGUGAGGAAAUCAAUCUUCCAAUUAAAUCCAUUGUCACUAAUACUGAACUUGAAGGACUCGACGAUGCACAGCUGGAAGAAAUUGCUGAAAAUGGCACAAUAUUUGCAAAGUUAACUCCUCUUCAAAAGGCAAACAUCGUAAGUGCAUUGAAAAGACGUAAUCACAUCGUUGGUUUCUUAGGCGAUGGAAUCAAUGAUGCCCCAGCAAUUCGUGAAAGCGAUUGUGGUAUUAGCGUAGAUGAGGGAACCGAUAUUGCUAAGGAAUCUGCAGACAUCAUUUUGCUUGAAAAGAGCCUGAUGGUACUUGCUGAUGGUAUAGUCCGUGGAAGAAUCACUUAUGGCAAUACAAUCAAAUAUAUCAAAAUGGUUAUUUCUUCAAACUUUGGAAACGUGUUUAGCGUUUUGAUCGCCUCUAUAUGGCUUCCUUUCUUGCCGAUGGAUCCACUUCAACUCAUAUUGCAGAAUCUUUUGUAUGACUUUUCUCAGACUUCAAUUCCGUGGGAUAAGAUGGAUCCUGAAUAUUUAAUUUCUCCGAGACGAUGGUCUGCAAAAAGCAUCGCUAAAUUCAUGGUUUUCGUUGGGCCAUGUAGUAGUAUUUUUGACAUUACUACGUUUGUUUUUAUGUUUUACUACUACCAAUGCAAUAAUCCAGAUGAUCAUUAUAAAGUCCAAUUAUUUCAUACGGCUUGGUUUGUUGAAGGGUUGCUCACGCAAACAAUGAUCGUCCAUAUAAUUCGUACUUCAAAGAUUCCCUUUAUCCAAUCAACCGCCUCCUUAUCAGUAUGCUUGACUACCUUUGCUGUUAUCUGCAGUGGCAUUAUAAUUCCGUUCACACCAUUGAAUCGAGUCUUGGGAAUGGUUCCGUUACCCGGGUUUUACUUUGUGUACUUCUUGGGAGUAAUUAUUUCCUAUUGUUCACUCACCAGUUUUGUCAAGGUGUUGUUUGUCAAAUUCUUUAAGGAAUGGUUGUGA